AUGAAAAAAGUAGUUUCUCUUUUGUAUCUAAUCGUGCUUCUUGUUUCUAUUUCAGAUGCAAAAGCAACCAAACCAAAUAUUGGAAACUUCCUCGAAUGCCUUCGUCACCGGACCACUCCACAAAACCCGAUCAAUGAAGCCCUCUACACUCCCAACAACUCUACCUUCCUCUCAUCUUACAUAUCCUACGCGAAAAAGAAAACGUACUCAUCAAACCCUAACGUCACAAAAGCAAUAGCCAUUGUCGCCGCAAAACAUGAAUCCCAUGUUCAAGCGACUGUGGUCUGCUCAAACUCCAACGGAAUCCAAAUCCGAAUCCGAAGCGGUGGUCACGACUUCGAGUGCCUUUCUUACACCUCCUCUGUCCCAUUUGUCAUCCUCGACAUGCACGAUCUCCGAUCUAUAACCGUUGACGUGCGCAACAAGAAAGCUUGGGUCCAAUCUGGCGCGACUUUGGGAGAGCUUUACGUCAAGAUCGCCGAACGUAGCAAAACGCUAGCGUUUCCGGCCGGCGUUUGCCCUACGGUGGGAGUGGGAGGACACUUCAGCGGCGGAGGGUACGGAAACCUAAUCAGAAAAUACGGACUCUCGGUCGAUCAUGUCGUUGAUGCUCAGUUAGUUGACGCCAAUGGGAAGAUCUUGAACAGAGCUUCAAUGGGAGAAGAUCUCUUUUGGGCGAUUGGUGGCGGCGGCGGCGCGAGCUUCGGAGUUAUUCUCUCUUGGACAAUCAACCUCGUCGACGUUCCAGAGAUCAUGACAGUGUUUAAGGUUAACAAAACAUUGGAACAAGGAGCCACUGAUGUUCUCUACAAAUGGCAGCUUGUGUCUAGCAAGUUUCCUCGAGAGCUUUUCGUGAGAGCAAUGCCUCAAACUAUAAUCGACUGGACCGGAAAUAAAACCAUCGCAGUUGUGUUCUACGCUCAGUUCCAAGGCUCAGCAAAGAAGCUAGUGGAGAUUGUAAACAAGAGUUUGCCUGAGUUAGGGCUAAAACGUGAGGAUUGCCACGAAAUGAACUGGAUUAACACGGUGACGUUUUGGAAUAAUUAUCCGGUUGGGACAUCGACGAGCGUUCUUCUUGAUAGGCCAACGUCUCAGUCCGGACCAUACUUCAAGAACAAGUCGGACUACGUCAAGAAACCGAUACCGAAAGAAGGAAUGGAGAAGAUUUGGAAACUGAUGUUGAAAUUCGAAAACGUGUGGAUGCAGUGGAAUCUUUACGGCGGAGUUAUGGACGAGAUUCCGGCGAACGCGACCGCGUUUCCUCACCGGAAAGGAAACUUGUUCAAGAUUCUCUACUUUGCGUUAUGGUCUGACGUGAACAACACGGCAUUGAAUCUUAGACUGAUGAAAGAGCUUUACCAAUUGACGGAGCCGUACGUGUCAAGCAACCCGAGAGAGGCGUUCUUGAAUUAUAGAGACAUUGAUGUUGGAAGCAAUCCGAGUGAUGAGACGAAUGUUGAUCAAGCUCAGAUCUAUGGAUCGAAAUAUUUCUUAGGGAAUUUGAAAAAGUUGAUGGAAGUUAAAGCUAAGUGUGAUCCUGAGAAUUUCUUCAGGUAUGAACAGAGUAUUCCUCCUGUUCGUGCAAUUAUGUAA